AUGGGCAUCUCUUUAUCUAUACCUUGUGAUCCUUGCAUAAACAAAAUCUCUAAUUGGGUUGAUGAGAAAGUAGCUUGUUUAAAUAAUCUCGAGAAGAAUCUCAAGGCUCUAGUGACAUCCAUGGAAGAGCUCAAGGCUAAGCGUGAUGAUUUAUCAAGAAGAGUCACAAGAGAGGAGGUGGAUAGAAGUCAGCAAAGGCUUGCCGCAAUCGAGGUAUGGUUUAAUAAAGUUGCAACUAUCGAAAAAGAAGUUGAUGGUCUUCUUAGAGCUAGAGAUGUCCAACUUCAAAAGUUGUGUCUUUGUGGGUUUUGCUCUAAGAGUUUAAGAUCCAGUUACCGUUACGGGAAAGAGGUUUUCUUGACUUUGAAGGAGGUUAAGGAACUUCAUAGUAAAGAUUUUGGAGAGGUUACUGAUCAAGCUGACACAGCUGUGAUAGAGGAAAUACAAGUUCCACGGACAAUUUUUGGUCAAGAAGCAAUGCUCGAUAAGGCAUGGAAACAUCUCAUGAAAGAUGGAGUUGGUAUUAUGGGUAUGUAUGGUAUGGGCGGAGUUGGGAAAACAACGCUUCUCAUAGAUUUACAUGUAGAGAAGAUUCAAAAUGAAAUCGCUCAUAAAGUUGGUCUUGGUGGAGUGGAGAAAAGCCAAAAGGCCAAUCUGUUAUACAAUUUAUUGAAGAAAAAGAGAUUUGUGUUGUUUCUAGAUGACAUAUGGCAGAAGGUAGAAUUACCUGAGAUCGGAGUCCCGUUUCCAACAAUGCAAAAUGGAUGCAAAGUGGUAUUCACCACUCGUUCCCAAGAUGUAUGUGCGCGCAUGGGGGUUGAAGACCCGAUGGAAGUUCAAUGCUUGGCCGAAAAUGAAGCAUUUGAUUUGUUCCAAAAGAAGGUUGGACAAAGAACAUUAGGAAGCGAUCCGGAGAUCCAUGAUCUUGCAAGAAUAGUUGCUAGAAAAUGUGGUGGCCUGGCAUUGGCGCUCAACGUCAUAGGCGAGACCAUGUCAUGCAAGACAAAGGUGGAAGAAUGGAGUGGUGCUAUAGAUGAAUUGACUCGGUACGCUACGGAGUUUGCUGACAUGAAAGAUAAGAUCCUUCCGCUUUUGAAGUAUAGCUACGAUAAUCUUAAGGAGGAGCAUGUCAAGUCAUGUUUGCUGUAUUGUGCUUUAUUUCCAGAGGAUUAUCUGAUUCCUAAAGAGAUAUUGAUCGACUACUUAAUAUGCGAAGAUAUUAUCAAGCCAAGUGAUGGAAUAGAAAGGGCUGAGAACAAGGGGUUUGAGAUAAUUGGUGAUCUUGUUCGUGCACCAUUGUUGAUGGAUGUGGUUGCACGAGAUGGAACAAGAGAAUUUGUGCUUAUGCAUGAUGUUGUUCGCGAAAUGGCCUUGUGGAUUGCAUCUGAAUUGGGAAGAGAAAAGGAGGCUUUCAUUGUGCAUGCAGGUGUAGGGUUAAGUGAAAUUCCAAAGGUUAAAAAUUGGAACGUUGUGAGAAAGAUGUCACUGAUGAAGAAUAGGAUUGGCAAACUCGAGGGCAGUCUGAAUGUCCCGAACUCACAACUUUGCUCUUGCAAUGGGGAGAUUUAG